UGGAAACAAACAAUAUGGCGGACAGCGAGGAAAUAUUGUGCAAACUUAAGGGUUUUUCAUUAAUUUAAUGGAACUUACGUAAAAUAUAUGUGUUUGCACAAAACUGGAACAAGGAUUCUGGAAGUGCAUGCAAAGUUUUAAAAAUCAUCCAAAAUGCCAAUCACAAAGAUUCCAAUCAUCCAUAAGUUUGGGAUAAUUUCCCAUAGUCAGCGAUUAGAACUCCAGGAGCGUCUCCUUAAACAAUCCUAUCUACAGAGUCUGCAAAGUCAGAAGGCACUCGUUAAAUCUAGUAAAAAUCCAUUAGAAGUUUCUGAAGAAUUUAUUCGGAAUUACAACAGUAGCCAAGACUUGGAAGACAGGGAAAAAUAUGAAGUGACAGCACACAAGAUGUUAGAAAGAGCAAAGAGGAGAGCUGGUCUUCGGAAAUGUGGCACUGGUCCUUUUGUGAAUCUUCCAAUGGCUUGGACUGAGUUAGCGCAGCUUGCACAAUGUAAAGGAAAGAUACAAGAAGAGUGCCUUGAUGUUUUAAUUACCUCCCUUGACCAGUCUCCUCUGGAGAAGUACCAUAUUCCUGCUCUGUUUUUUCUGGCUGAAACCAUGCUGUACUGGCUGAGGACAGACGCUGUCCAUCAACCUUAUCUCCGCACAGGAGAAAUCAAACUACUGAAGAUGGGACAAUUGACCUUUACCAGAUUAUUCUACCAUCACAUGGCUGGACAGUUGCAAGGACAAAUUGACUUCAAAAACCGACUCUUUACCUAUCUAGAUGGUCUUGGUGACUGCCAGGAGGCAUACAGUCCCUACCCUAAUGCACUCCUGUCUUUGCGAUUUAUCAUAUCUGUGGGUAAGAUCAUUAUGGCGGAUUCUCAGGUAGAGCCAGGAGAAGUCAAAGAGGGAGAUAACAUGACCAUGUCAAAACCUAGGACACCUCUAAGUCGUCCAAGUGCUUACAGUGCUAAAAGCACAGCACAGUCAGGCUCCAACAGGCACGAACCAAGGGAGAGCACUCACUCAGCACACAGUGCAGGUGCUAUUAGCAGCAGCGUCCAUGACCUGAGCCCCACGCUCUGGCAUGCGCUGGAUGUAUGGAGGUGUACUAACCACCUUGGUGGGGGACUAGCCGAGGCACUGAGGGCCCUAGCUACCUGUGGCAUGGGACUGUCAAAUGAAAACUGGAUUGACACCAUGGUAGCACUUGAAAUUUUAGCGGAAGCAGCCAAGACUAACAUUGCUGCAAUGAAAAUCCUCCACAGCUUAGCUCGAGGAGUUAGGCCAAAGGUCAGAGGAGGAUCUGCACCAAGCAGCUCACGUUCUGACGCCUCAGAUGUAUACACUGUAUCUACUGAUGAUGAGGAUACACAAAGAGAGAGGGACUCCAAAAUGAGCAUUCCAUCAAGCUCUAAACCAACUUUGAGCGACAUCUAUGAAAGAAGUGAAGAAGACAAGGAUUCCGAGAAAAAGCUCUCCAGACAUUCAAGACGCGGAGAUGUGGAAAUGACAUCCACCGAGCCUGAAAUAAAACAGUUUCCACUGCGAAGGUCCAAACCAGUGGCUCUUAGUGUUGAAAAUCUAGAAAAAUUUGAUUCUAAAUUGGCGUCCAAGGAAUCUCCAAACACAGGUCUUAAAGGACCUGGCCCUCGGGAAGUCUCAUUUGGGGAGAUCAAAAAAGAGAGAACUAGUGUAACACAAGGAUCCGACAGACCUCGGGUGACCCAGGGCUCCAUGCGUACUGGGAGUUUUGUCACCGAGCCCGUACCUGGCACAGGGUGGAGGGUGGAGGUGGGGUCAGAUCUACCUGAGGGGCGGGCUUCAGAGGCCAGCUCUGUCCCCACAUACACAAACCUUCCGCGCCAAGACACCCCUGGCAUCAAUGGUUGGCACUGGGAGGUUGCCAUCACUUACACAGACAUCUUGUGUGAUAUUUGUCUCCAUGGUGGUACAGCCGGAAUCCAGAAGAUGGCACUGAUGGGAGUAAACAAGGAGCUGACCGACCCCUUCCAGAGGGGCUUUGUCAGUAUCCCCCUGGCCAGUGCUGGACUCCUGGAUCUGGCCUUCUUUCAUGCCGCCAGUGAAACCAGGGAUGGAGGUCCAAAUGAUUGGAGCUGGAGAAUUCGCUUUGGUUCUAUCCAGUCUCUUGUGAAAAUCUGCCGAUGCCUGUCCUCGGACAAGAACCGGGAAGGAAUGAGGACAGCGGCAUGGAACAUUCUGAUCAGGGCCCACUCUGUGGAGAAAGACGACCGAGUGCUGGAGGCCCUAAAAGUGGGACAGGUCCAUACUGAUCUAGAGAGUCUUCUUGCAAAGAAAGAUGCAGUCAAUCCCACAACCAUUGGUUCAAAAAUUGCCAGUGGAUUAUCAAUGAUCUACCUGCCACCUCUACCCCCUGCAGUAGAACCCUACAUCCCCCCUCCAAUGAAGCAAACCCCACCCACUCCUCCCCUCAAGAAGGAGCAGACACCCAGAGCAGACAAGAAAAUGAGAACCUCUCUGAAGGAGGAGAUAAUGUUGGCCACUGCUCUCUAUGAGGAGCCACCAAACUUUCAGAUGAGGACAGGGUUUGAUCUGAGAAGAAUUGUUGAGGACCAGUGGAGAAAGGAACUUCAAAUAGAGCUGGAGGCAGAGGAAAAGGAGAGACAGAAAAAAUUAGAAGCUCAGCAGAAAGAAGAGGAGGAAAGGCAGAGAGAAAUAGCUGAGCUGAAAGCUGGGAAGUUCAAAAAGAAGCCGAAGAAAUCAGAGACAGAGUCUGAAGAGACAACUGAAAACAAGGCUGGAACCUUGGGGGAGAGGCCAUCUGUGGAGGGAGAAGGGGGGAGUGAGAAUAAAACAUCAGAAGAGUGAAGGAGGGGAGACAACUCUGUUAUUGAAAUCUGUGAUACAAUGCUACUGCUGUAUGCUAGUGUUAAGUCUGUGUUAAAUCCACUAUUGUACUGCUUGUUGAUGUUUUAUUUCUGUUAUCUAUAGAUAUGGAAUAUUAAAUUCCAUGAAAAGAAA